AUGCCAGUAACCACCUCCUCAGGGAGCAGCACAGGACUUAAGAAUAAAAAGAAACCUUGCAAACACAGCCUCCCCAGGGGACGAGCUGGCGUCUUCUGGGCUUUUCCAGCGCCCAGGAGCUCGGCUGUCACCUCAGGCGUCUAUGCCUGCGCAGCGCUGAUUGGUGCUCGGCGGCCUGAUUGGUGCGCGGCGCAGCCUGGCCUUUUAGGGGCUGUUGUCCGGCGUUUAAAGUCAGUGGCUGCUUUUAUCCACCAAUCCCGUCUUCGCCUGGCAGACCCCCUCUCGCCCCCGGCCAAUGGCCGGGAAAGCCCGAGCCGCCCGCACCGCUGGGGGCAGUCGCAGGGCUUAAGUUGCGGCGGGAGGCUCAGGGGCUCAGACCGCGCUGGGUGGCCGCCAGCUCGCACCUGGCACCUGCACCUGCUGUUACCUGGCACCUGCUACCUGCCCGGCCGGGGCCGCGGUCGGGAUCCGUCUAACGCCGCGUUCCCUUACGGGGGUGUGUUGGGGGGAGCCCUUUUUCCGACUGUCAAAAUGGUUAUCAAAGUGUUUGUUGCCACAUCUUCUGGGUCCAUAGCGAUCAGGAAGAAGCAGCAAGAAGUAGUAGGCUUUUUGGAAGCUAAUAAGAUCGACUUUAAGGAAUUAGACAUUGCUGGAGAUGAAGACAAUAGGAAGUGGAUGAGGGAGAAUGUUCCUGGAGAGAAAAAACCUCAAAAUGGAAUCCCUUUGCCCCCCCAGAUCUUCAAUGAAGAGCAGUAUUGUGGGGAUUUUGACUCUUUCUUCUCUGCAAAAGAAGAGAAUAUUAUUUAUUCAUUUCUGGGUUUGGCUCCCCCUCCAGGCUCAAAGGUGAAAAAAUCAUCUGAGGAAACAUCUCUUCCCAAUGGUGAUGUAGCGGGAGAGGAACAGAGCAGUGCAGAGGGAACAGAGAAGACUGAAGAGAGUGGAGAAAACGAGGCACAAAAAGAGGACAACGGGGAUGCGGGUGACCUUGCCGAGUCUCAAGAGAAGAAUACGGAAGAAGUUACAGAAGAGGGAGCAGAAGGGGAAGCAGAGGAAGAGGAAGCUGAGGAAGCUGAGAAAGAAGAAGAGGCCGGAGAGGAAGAAGGAGAAGAUUCUUAGGCCUCUUCAUGCUUUACUUCUUCAAACUUUUCCAGAAAACCUAAGCUACGAAGCAGUAUUUCAACUGUCUGCUCACAAACCAAACUCAACAAAACGCUUUGGCGUGAAGCUAGCCCACCUCUCUCGGUACACCCGGGUUUACUGAGGAUUGUACCACCUGAUGAGGUUAGAUGUACAUGGAUAUGUCUACCUAAUCUUAGCAACGUGAAAUUCUAUGUGAAG